CGACCGGAGCGGAUAAUGGAUUACAUAUUAUUAUGUGAACUGGAUUCUAUCCUGAUUUUUCAUUUGACAGGUUCACAUGAAUUAGCAAGACAUAAGCGAAGCAUCGUUAAAGACUUUCAGUGUCCAUCCUCCUACGGCUACUACCGUCAUCCCACCACCUGCAACCAGUACGUCUGGUGCGUGGACAGUGUGCCCCAUCUCCAGGAAUGUCUGGGAGAUAAUCUCUUCAAUUACGACAUAAAGCGAUGCGACGUACCCAGUAAAGUUGGUGGUUGCGAUGGUAACCGAAGAAGAAGCCAAAAAAGCAGUUCAUUCAAAGCAUCCCCUCACAGCCUGUCGAGAAAUAAACGAAGUUUUGUGAAAGACUUUCAGUGCCCAUCCUCCUACGGCUACUACCGUCAUCCCACCACCUGCAACCAGUACGUCUGGUGCGUGGACAGUGUGCCCCAUCUCCAGGAAUGUCUGGGAGAUAAUCUCUUCAAUUACGACAUAAAGCGAUGCGACGUACCCAGUAAAGUUGGUGGUUGCGAUGGUAACCGAAGAAGAAGCCAAAGAAGCAGUUCAUUCAAAGCUUCACCCGCAGUGUCACGAAAGAGGCGCAGCAUCGUCCGUGGUUACCAGUGCCCUAACUCCUAUGGAUAUUUCCGCCACCCAACAAGCUGUCGCCAGUACAUCUGGUGUGUUGAUGGCAUUCCCAACCUGAUGGAAUGCAACGGCGGAAGCGUGUUCGACAUCACCAUCAAGAGAUGCAACUUCCCCUCCCAAGUGAAAGGAUGCAGUGGAGGAGACAGGAGGAGCGAGCCAGAGAGGACCCCCUUUUCCCAUCUGGGGCUCCAUCCAGCAGGCAUGGAAGUAGAGGAACCCGAGUACACGUGUGAGGGCGAGGAGGACGGCCUGUGGGGGCACCCCAAAAACUGCUCCAUCUACUUCCAUUGUAACCGGGGCAAGGGCACGCGGUUUAGCUGUAGUCCUGGCACGUUCUUCAACCCCUCCACGUUAGUGUGCUCCUGGCCAGGGGAGGUCCAUGACUGUAGCGAAGACGGAACCGUCAAGGAUUUCUAUCUUAGAAAACGAAGGAGCGCUUACCUGAAGUCGACAUAUACGGAAGAUAAUGAACGAUCAGCACGCUCCACCUCAAUCCUGGAUGAUGAGCCCUUCUUCUGCCCAGAGAAAGAUGGUUAUUACCGACACGAGAGGAACUGUUCAGUGUACUACAGAUGCACCAACAACAAGCCCACCAGGUUCGAGUGUAACCCAGGGACGUUCUACAACCCGGCCAUGUUCGGGUGCUCGUGGCCUUUCCAGGUGAUCGACUGUGACAGCGAGGGCAAGCUGAUGCCACACAGGAGAAGAAGGAGCGUCUUCCCCGAAGAGAUAAGAGACAAUCACCGCUCUCAUGGAAAGGAUUCUGAGCUCCCCUUCUUCAUCCCAGAAGAAACCUACCCCUGCCCCAUCACUGAUGGCUAUUACCCCCACAAGAAGAACUGCUCCGUGUACUUCCGCUGUACCCAGGGUAAAUCCACCCGCUUCGCGUGCAACCCGGGAACGUUCUACAACCCCAGUAUAUUCGGGUGUUCCUGGCCGGAUCAGGUGCGGGACUGCGACAGUGAAGGCAAUAGAAGGCCACUGGUCAAGCGGAGGAGGAGAAGUAUUUUCUCUGCACCUGGACAGAAGGAUGCACCCCUCAAAGGGUACCGAUGCCCCUUCAUGGACGGGUAUUACCGCCACCCCAACGACUGCACCUCCUACUACUGGUGUGUCGGCCGGAAGCCCACCAAGUACAGCUGCGCCAAUGGGACUUUCUUCAACCCCAAGAUGAAGCUGUGCACCUGGCCUUCUCAAGUGACCGACUGUGACCUGGACGGUUCCCGGAUUUCCCACAGCCCCUACCAGUCCAGAGUAAAGGAAUUCAUGUGUCCCCGUGAAGACGGCUAUUACAGACAUCCCACUGACUGCGCCUCCUACUUCCGGUGCAAUGAGAGGAAGUUGACCGCUUACAAGUGCACCCCGGGAACUCUGUUUGAUGCCAAGAACAGCGUAUGUGCCUGGCCAUCUCAGGUCCACGACUGUACGGAGACUGGGGAAGUGAUCGCCAGCUCCUUCAUCAACACGCCCCAGAGACAAGCCAACGUGGACGGAAAGACGGACAAGAACUCUACCGCAACAACCACAGCUACAUAUAGCCGCACAAAUAAAACAAAAGAAGAGACGACAUUCCAGACACUGCCUACCAAAACCACACCUGCACCUGCUACGACUACUCCGACGACUGGAAAGGCCAGAAGCACCACAGCUAAGACAACGAAGAAUGUUACAAGCCGGGUUAAAACCAAGGUUACAAGCAGGGUUACAAACAUGGCCACAAGCAGGGCCACAAGCAAGGCUGAGACGUCAGGAACUACAUCUACAACGGAGGCUACGACUGCAAGUCAGAAUGCAUCUACAUCAACCACAACGGCUCCUUCGACUUCAACAACAUCUGCUCCAACAACAAAGACGCCGAAGGUUACACAGCGUCAUUCUGCCAAUGAUGGUUUCGGUCACGUCAUCAACACUGAUAGUAAAGGCAGUGAUACGUACAAAUUUGGAACGAGUGUCCAGUCGCCAUUUGCCUGCCCCGACAAUGAAGGUUACUUCUCCGACAUGGAGGAUUGCGCGUCUUACUACCACUGUGAGCACGGCGUUCCCUACAAGAAGGAGUGUGGCGUGGGGGACUUCUACUCGCCCCUCAGCCAGACGUGUAUCCCCGGCCACCUCGUCCCCGACUGCAACUACGACGACGACACACCAGAAGACACAACCUACCCUGAGUGGACCAAGGACUAUUACAAAAGCUACACCAGCGACUUUGAAUGCCCCGAUCUUCAUGGCUACUUCGCCGACGACGUCGACUGCACAGGCUACUACGAAUGCAUCAACGGUAAUGCCUACCACAGGAAAUGUAACGCCGGCACCUACUUUGACGAAAAGAAGGAGAAGUGCACGUGGGACCAGGUCAGCGAGAAGUGUCCAUCAGCGGUCAAGGAGGACGCGGUCAAGGAGACACUGGGCAAAAUGAUGAAAUCGGGACCAUUUGUUUGCCCGAGCCGAGAGGGAUAUUUUCGGGACCCCAAAACCUGUACAAUGUUCUAUGAAUGUAAAGAGGGUGUUCCCAAGUCUAAAUCGUGUGGUCCCGAAACUUUGUUUGAUGAUAAGAAGAAGAAAUGCACGUGGCCCGAGCUGGUCCCCGACUGCGACGUGUACGGGAGGGUCAUCCCCAGCGAUCAGACUCUCUUCAGUAACAAGGAGCCGCAACAGCUUGAAAAAAAUCCCAAUGGUUUUGCCUGUCCGUUGCCCAGUGGUCAUUUCCGUGACCCCCGUGAUUGUUCUAUAUUCUACCACUGCGUGAAGAGCGUGGCGUACCGUGGCAAGUGUGUUAACAACCACGUGUUUGACCUGGAAGCAUUGAAAUGCGUUGACCCGGAACUGGUUCCUGGCUGUGACGUGGCCCCGAAGGUUCCCCUGAUUGAAGCGACAACUGAAGAAACCGCCCACUUUGACUGUCCAAGCGAUGGCUACUUCCGGGAGAAGUCCGACUGCUCUGUGUACUACCACUGUAAAGAUGGCGUCUACUUCCGGCAUGAGUGUAAACCCAAUACAGUGUUCAGUCAGGAGAAGGGUCUCUGCACCUGGCCUCACCUGGUGCCCGGAUGUGAGGAGAAGAAUGACGCCCCAACAGUCCAAGUUACGUCAGAGAGUAUGUCUGAAGUUGCGCCACCAGCCGAAGCACAAGAGCCUGGCAGUGACUAUGAGUUUGGGGAAUCGGUUGAGAAAGAAACCGAGAAUAAGCAGAGCAUAAGUAAUACCGGCGCGUCGGAGCAAGCCUCCGGACCAGCUGGUAAUGACCAAGAAAAACCAGAGGUUGAGAGUGAAACUGCGGAAAUCGGUGCUGAGGAUUGUAUACUUAGUGAGAUGGGUGAUGAUGCCAGUGAAGAGGAAAGCACAAGCUCACAGGGAACAGAUCCUGGAACUACUUCUGCAGCAAGUAGCGUUGCGUCAAGUGAGGAAAAAGGCGGAGGCAAAUCUGGUGUACAAGAUAAUGGAGGCUCAAGUGACGACAAGAAUGGCGCUGAUUCUGGAGGAUCAAGUGAAAAUGGUUCAAGCGAAGGUAGUUCCGGCGAAAGUGGAUCAACUGGAGGUGGAAAAGGCGAAGGUAGCUCCACUGAAAGCGGAACAACAGGAGCUGGAUCAGGCGAAGGUAGUUCCGGUGAAAGUGGAUCAACUGGAAGUGGAAAAGGCGAAGGUAGUUCCGGUGAAAGAGGAUCAACUGGAGGUGGAUCAGGCGAAGCUAGUUCCGGUGAAAGUGGAUCAACUGGAGGUGGAAAAGGCGAAGGUAGCUCCACUGAAAGCGGAUCAACUGGAGGUGGAUCAGGCGAAGGUAGUUCCGGUGAAAGCGGAUCAACUGGAAGUGGAAAAGGCGAAGGUAGUUCCGGUGAAAGUGGAGCAACUGGAGGUGGAUCAGGCGAAGGUAGUUCCGGUGAAAGUGGAUCAACUGAAGGUGGAUCAGGCGAAGGUAGUUCCGGUGAAAGUGGAUCAACUGGAGUUGGAUCAGGCGAAGGUAGUUCCGGUGAAAGUGGAUCAACUGGAAGUGGAAAAGGCGAAGGUAGUUCCGGUGAAAAUGGAUCAAUUGGAGUUGGAUCAGGCGAAGGUAGUUCCGGUGAAAGUGGAUCAACUGGAGGUGGGUCGAGUGAAGGUAGUUCCGGUGAAAGUGGAUCAACUGGAGGUGGAUCAGGCGAAGGUAGUUCCGGCGAAAGUGGAUCAACUGGAGGUGGAAAAGGCGAAGGUAGUUCCGGCGAAAGUGGAUCAACUGGAAGUGGAAAAGGCGAAGGUAGUUCCGGUGAAAGUGGAUCAACUGGAGUUGGAUCAGGCGAAGGUAGUUCCGGCGAAAGUGGAUCAACUGGAAGUGGAAAAGGCGAGGGUAGUUCCGGCGAAAGUGGAUCAACUGGAGGUGGAUCAGGCGAAGGUAGUUCCGGCGAAAGUGGAUCAACUGGAAGUGGAAAAGGCGAAGGUAGUUCCGGUGAAAGUGGAUCAACUGGAGGUGGUUCGAGUGAAGGUAGUUCCGGUGAAAGUGGAUCAACUGGAGGUGGAUCAGGCGAAGGUAGUUCCAGUGAAAGUGGAUCAACUGGAGCUGGAUCAGGCGAAGGUAGUUCCGGUAAAAGUGGAUCUACUGGAGGUGGAUCAGGCGAAGGUAGUUCCGGUGAAAGCGGUUCGAACGAUGGUAGUUCCGGUGAAAGCGGUUCGAACGAAGGUAGUUCCAGUGAAAGCGGUUCGAACGAAGGUAGUUCCAGUGAAAGCGGUUCGAACGAAGGUAGUUCCAGUGAAAGCGGUUCGAACGAAGGUAGUUCCAGUGAAAGCGGUUCGAACGAAGGAAGUUCCAGUGAAAGCGGCUCGAACGAAGGUAGUUCCAGUGAAAGCGGUCCGUCCGAAGGUAGUUCCAGUGAAAGCGGUCCGACCGAAGCUGAAGGGGAAAGCGAGAGUGGCUGGAGUGACGAGAAAAAUGACGAAUCACCCGCUGAGACAGACUCAAGCAGCGGUGGAUCCGAUGGUCAGGAUGGUGGAAUAUCCACUGAAGUAGAUCCCAAAGACUGUGAACCCGGGAGCAACAGUGACGGGAAAUCUGGUCAGGGCAGUGGAGGUAGUGACUCAGAUGACGGGAAAGCUCCAGCUGCUUCUGAUGGAACAGACUCUAACAUCGAAAGUGAUAAUGAAGAAACUGAGGAAGAGUAUGACAGUACCUGGGACGCAGAGGAAACUGAAAAACUCUCUGACGGAGAAAAUAAUAGCGAAGCGAAAUGGGAACCCGAAUCUGGUGGGGCUGACUCCAAAAUCUCUGGAUCUGCACCUGAAAGCAACGUGAAAACAGGUGAACCAGCUGUAUCUACCGGCUCCGAGAAGCAAGGAGGGGAGGAAACAGUCUCAAAGGCGGGUUUAGUGUCUGAGACAGAGACAAAGACAGGAGGAGAACUAAUGCAAGGAGAUACUGGGUUUGUAUGUCCUCCAGUAAUUGACGGUUUCUAUGGGGAUCCGAUCUACUGCCAGAGAUUCUACAGGUGUGUGGGGGACAAGAAGUAUUCCUUCACUUGUCCUUCCGGGACAUUCUUUGACAAUGGACGAUUCAUCUGUAACUUCAAGGAGAAGGUGUCCGAGUGUACAUCAAGCGGCCUUAGGAUUUCCCAGGCGGGCAAUGAUGCACCAGAAGAAGUAGAUGAACCAAUGAUGGUUCCUGAGGUCUCGGCUGUUGUGACUGCAGAACCAGUCCCCCCGUGCCCUGAGUCGGACGGGUUAUUCCCCCAUCCAUCUUCCUGUUCCAAGUUUUUGUAUUGCGCGCGCUUUUCCGCCAUGGUGUUGACAUGUCCAAAGGACCUUGCGUACAACAUGGAGAAAAAGACAUGUGAUUACAGCGACAACGUGGUCUGUAUUCGGUACGACUAAACCACGUCGACGACGACCAUUCAAAUUCGGGUUGUGGGAUUCCACGGGUUUCUGUGAAGUUUAACGCGAUAUGUGACGUUAUAAGGUCCAGUGCAUUGACACGCGACCUUGAAGAAGGGGACAUAACCCUGUUCCAACUUACCAAGUGUGUUGUGCACUAUAGCGUUGGUGACUAUACAGAACAUACUUCAGUAUUCUUUAUUUUUCUACAAAGGAAAAACAAUCUACUGAAUAGUCCCACAACAUCCUCAAAGAGUGAAUGCUUUUCUAUAAUCUGCAGCUUUUUAUACAGAUCGUGGAUGAUCCUCUAUGUUAUGGAGGAAACGACUAAUUGGUACAGUCUGAGGAUGCUGAAGAACUUUACACACCAAACUCCUGAAAAAUGCAUAGUGGCCUAAGAUUUGACGAUAUAAUCUCAAAAUAUAUCUCUUGUAAUUGAAGGGGCUCUUUGGGAUCUGGACUUGUGUCAAAGCAGUAUUAAGAUAGCUCCAUGUUGUGUGGUUAAAUUAGAGGUGCAUAUCCUUUAAAUUGGCAAAUAUAAAGAAAUAAGAGACGGGUACAUACAUAGUGUUGUGUAGUACAAAAGGUAAGAAGAUGUACAAUCUCACUGAAAUCAGACCUCAGUUCUCGCAACCGCUAAACAAAGAUCUGAGGACAUCCCAUUACGGGUCACGUCAGAACGAUCUUUCAUUCGACCAAUCAGAGCAUCGCUUACCAGAUUAUGAAAGUGACAGUCGGAAUGUGAUUUCUGAUCAUGCAGCCUCGAAAACUUUAACUCCAAACGAUAGUAACAUUCCAGAAUGUUCUUUUGUUCAGGUUUCAAAUUUGUAAUCGAGAACUUGUCAAAAUAUGUUUCGAAGCGUAGUCGCCAAUUUGAAAUUAGUGCCGUAAAGCACGAGAAAGCUGCCUUCUGAUUGGUCGUUCCAUUGGUCGGUCAAAGUUCGCCCAAGGUCGGUCUGACGUGACCCGUAAUGGGAUGUCCUCAGAUCUUUGUUUAGCGGUAGCGAGAACUAAGAUCUGAUUUUAAUGAGAUUGGAUGAUGUAUUAUGCUGACCUGGGUUACCGUCUCAAGGGGCACCUUUCAAACUAGUUUAUCUUUUCCUUUAUGAUCUGUAUGCAUGUAUACACGAUUAAGAUUUUGAAUUUAGUGAACCAUGACGACAACACUGUGUUUCAAUAUGAAGCCAUGACUUUGUAUAUUGCUUGUGAAGUAUUGUUUUUGUUAGUUUUUUUACUUGCUUUUUACAUUGUAUAGUUUUAUCCUAACUUUUGUAUAAAAAUAUUGAAUAAUA